AGGCACCUACAUGGGAUGCUUCAGUGAUGAUUCGAGGGAGAGGACACUGAAGGGCGCUGUGUUCUAUGACUUAAGAAAAAUGACGGUAUCCCACUGCCAGGAGGCUUGUGCCGAGAGGGCUUACAGCUACGCGGGGCUGGCGUACGGAGCAGAGUGCUACUGCGGCAACAAGCUCCCCACGACCGCCUCGAAGCCUGAGGAGUGCAACAGCGAGUGCAAGGGGGAGAAGGGCUCUGUCUGCGGAGGGGUGAACCGGCUCUCGGUCUACAGGGUGGAGGAGCUGCGGGCAGGAGCCAGACGACGGAGGAAUGUUAUCUAUCGAGGAUGUUUUAGAGCUCCAGCAAAUUUAACAGACACCUUUCCAGCCUCUUUGAUACAGCCCAAUUUGACGGUGGAGAUGUGCUCUGAAUUCUGCUCCAAGAAAGAGUUUCCCUUGGCAGUGCUCCGAGCACGGGAGUGCUACUGCGGCUACGCCACCGGGCGCUUCUCACUGCACAACGGGGCGGACGCGCUGCUCUGCAGCGGGCUGCACAACGCCAGCAGCGCUGCCGAGGGACAGUACUGCCUGGUCUACCAGACCCCAGUGCAAGACACCCGCUGCACGGACAGGAAAUUCUUAACCACCAAAUCCAAAGUGUUUGUUGCUUUGUCAAGCUUUCCUGGGGCUGGGAAUACAUGGGCUCGCCAUUUGAUAGAGCAUGCCACAGGAUACUACACUGGAAGCUAUUACUUUGAUGGAGCCCUCUACAACAAAGGUUUUAAAGGAGAAAAAGACCACUGGAGAAGUAGAAGGACCAUCUGUGUGAAAACACACGAGAGCGGCAAGACGGAGAUCGAGAUGUUCGACUCUGCGAUCCUGCUGAUCCGGAACCCGUACAAGUCCCUGAUGGCGGAGUUCAACAGGAAGUAUGCGGGGCACCUGGGCUAUGCCACCGACCGCAACUGGAAGAGCAAAGAGUGGCCGGAUUUCGUGAACAGCUACGCUUCCUGGUGGGCCUCCCACGUCCUGGACUGGCUCAAGUACGGGAAGCGCCUGCUCAUCAUCCACUACGAGGACCUGAAGCAGAGCCUCAUCCCCACGCUGAAGGAAAUGGUGGAGUUCCUGAACAUGACGGUGACGGAGGACAGACUGCUCUGUGUAGAGAACAACAGGGACGGGAAUUUCAAGCGGUCCGGUGCUAAGCAAAAGGAUUUUGAGCCAUUCACCCAGGAAAUGAAAGAUCUUAUCAACAGAUACAUCCUGACAGUGGACGAGGCCCUGAGGGGAAGAAAUUUCACAGGGCUGCCCAGAGAGUACGUGCCAAGAUGAUAGCCUGGUAGCACUCAGUACCGAGGUUAAAAACAAGAUAAUUUU